ACUGGGAAAACCCAGGAAAAAGAAUCCCCAGGGACUCGUGGAGCAGCAGGAAUUCCUCCCUGCCGAGCAGCAGGAAGCGCUCCCGGUGCUCCCGAUCCCCCCUCCCGGGGCUCCGUCAUCGACACCGCCUCAUUAAUUUAAUUAAUUAAUUAACGGCUUCCAGCGCCGCUCCGCUCGGACAACGCCGCUGGGAAAGGAAAAGCCAGGCCGGGACUUUUGCCGAGAUCCCAAAAAAAUUCCAGGCUCGGCAGGAGGAGGAAAAUCCCGGGAGGAGAGGAGAAGAUGGCGUGGGAUCCGAGCUGGGAUGUUCUGGGGUUCUCCUGCCUCGUCCUGCUCCGGUCCCGACUUUCCCUGGCGCAGCUGAUCGAGGCCACCACGGCGCCUCCCAAGAAGAAGCCGGAUCCGGUGACGUCGGAGACCGUGGUGAUCUGGGGGCUGCGCCUCUGGCAGGUGGUCGGGAUCUUCGCCCUCUUCGUCCUCUCCAUCAUUAUCACCCUGUGCUGCAUCUUCAAGUGCCGGAUCCCGCGCACGCGGAAGGAGAUCGAGGCUCGCUACGCCCAGCGCCAGGCGGCCAAAAACUACGCCGACAAACUGGACACGGUGCCGCCCCUGGGCGAGCUCACCGAAAUUCCCGGAGGUUGCGGAAGAAAAAAAAGAGGAAGAAGUUCCCACUGUGUCCGGAAAAGUGGACAAGGCUCAGGGAAAGAAGGAUGGAUCCAAAGACUCCAAGAAAAAGGACGGGGAGAAGGAGCAGAAGGAAGAAUCCAAGAAGGAAGGGAAGGACGGAGCCAAAAAAAAAGACGGAGAAAAGGGGGAGAAAGGGGAAAAAGGAGGAAAAGAGGAAAAAGGAGGGAAAGGGGAAAAGGGGGAAAAGGAAAAGGGGGAGAAGGGAAAGGACACAAACGACAAGAAACAAGGGAAAAAGGGGGAAAAAGAAGGCGAAGCUGGAAAAUCCGGAGGCGCCAAAACCGAUGGAAAAGCCGGUGGGAAUUCCAAAGCUCCGGCAAAGAAGAAGUGACCUCCUGGAAGGACAGUGCUGGAAUUUUUUUUUGGGAAUGCUCCAGCAAAUUGCUGCGGGAGGAGCACUUGGAGCAGGAUGUGCUUUUCCAGAUAUUCCUGUGGGAUGCUGUUGGAUGCGUGGAUUUCUUCCCAUUUGGAGGUGGAGCUGCCAGGAUUCGGCUCUGUGAAGGAAAACUGGGAAUUUGGUUGGAUAAUCAAGAAAAAUAUCCAGCGGGAAUGGGAUAGACACGAACCGGAAGCUGGAAUGGGACUGAGGACUUUGGAUAAACAUGGGAAUGCUCAGGGAUGAGGAUCCAAACGAAAGGAGAAUGGAAUUCAUCCCAAAUUUCUUCUCCUGGAGGACCUGGAGAAGUUGGAGGAAGAUUUCCUGGCGCUCAGCACCUCCUUGUGGGGAAUUUUAGGGAUUAUGUAAAUUCUGGGAAAAUCCCAAAGGAUGGAAUUCUCCAAGGUGUGGGUCCUGUGGAUUCCAAGAGUGUUUUGGACACAUGGGAAUUUUUCCUUCCUUCCCUGGUGCCUCUGUUUCUGGAUUGUUGCAGGAAACACCAGGAAUUCCAUCUUUUCCAGGAGAUUUAUCCACAUUUUCCUGAUUUUUUGCUGAGGAAAGCCAGUUCUGAGACCAGGAAUUCUGCUCCACUUCCAUAUGGCUGCUAUUCCCUCCCUUCCUGGGAAUUCCUGCGGAGUGGAUUUAUCAGGAGCGGCGUUUUCCAGCUGUUCUGGGAAUAUUCCAGAAAUUUCUGCCUUAAAAUUUCCAGCUGGGGGGGAUUUAACUCUGGAUUUUUUGGGGGAUAGCAUGGAAAAUCUUGGGAUAAUUAAAACUCGGGAUAUCCUGGAACUGUCUCCUUCAUAGGGAGAAUUCCCUCCAAUCCUUUGUCCCCAGGAAUGGGAUUUAUUUUCUAUUUAAUUGACAGAAAUCGUCAAUUUUCCUGCUGUUUUUUCGGUUCCAAUUUAUCAGUGCCAAGAUAUUUCCCAUUUUUCCCACUUUUCCUUGUCCCAGUUUUCCUUCACCUUCUCUCCCACCCAAUUCACCCUGGUGGGAAACGAGUCUGGAAAAAUGAAGGGAAUUUUCUGAGUGAGGUCGCUCAGCUCCAAAAAGUAACAAAAUUCCAAAGCGCCUGAAAAGGUGGAAUACUCAAGGAGAGACAUUGGGAAUGGUGUCCAAAACCACGGGAAUGUUUGGGAAGACAACGAUCCAGGGAAAUCUGGAAUUCCAGCUUUGGGAAUUCUGCCCCUGGACACAGAGAAGCCCUGAAUCUUGGAAUGGCACCGAUGGAAAAGUGGGAAUAUGGAUACAAAGAUUGGAUUUCUUUGGAAUUUCCAUCCCAAUCCAAAUUUUUCAAGGCCCUGUUUAAUCAGGAAUCAUGGCAAUAAAAAAGAUUUUUCCAUUGGAUUCAGGCUUUAGUCCCUGGAUCUGCCGGAUCCGUGGGAAUUUUGGGAAGGGAUAUUGAUGCCUUAAAAACUCCAGGAUGGAAUCCAGCUGGGACUGGGGCAGGAAAACUCAGAUUCCCUGUCCUGCAGUUGGAAUUGCACUGGAAAUUUGGGAUGUGGCUCCGUUUGGAGAGGGAGAGGAGCGGAUUGAUUUCCAGUCCAAAGGUUUCCAGGAGGAAAAUCCACUCCUUUUCUCUUCCAUGGAAUUCCUUCUCUCUCAUCUAACUUCCAUCCCUAUCUUGUUAAAAAUAAUCAAAAUUUCAAAUAAAAUAUUCAUUGGGAUUGGGGAAUCCCUUUAAAAUCCACCUCAAUCCCUUUUUUCCAAGCAAAUAUUCCAAAUCCUGUGUGUCAGAUCCAAAAAUUUUGUGGUAAUGCCUUAUUGAUUUUUAAAAAAGGGAUUUUCCAUUUAAAAAAAAAUAUUUAUCCUUUGGGAAUAAUUUGGUUUGGAAUUAUUGGAAUGGGGGUGAAAUGCAGGGAAUUCAUUCCUGGGAUCACAAUCCAUUCCCAAAAUCAGGGAAUCCAUUCCUAGAGUUUCCAGAGAUCAUCCUGUCCAUGAAACUCAUCCCAGUUCCUGGAGGGGAAAGAGAGGGAAGAAAUUCCCAGCCCCGAUCCGAUGUUUUCCCUGUUCCAAUGGGAUCUGGAAGUCAGGAAGUGAAAAAAAAAAGGUGGAAAAUUCCAGCCCGGAGUAAUUCCAGCACUUUUGGACUUGCUUUUCCACCAGCAGAUGGAGAAAUUGCCUUGGAAAAGCCACAGGAAGGAAUUUUUAGUGGAAAAUUAGAUUUAUUGUCCCGUUCUUGGGUGGAAAUGGAAUUCCAGAGGCCAAAAGUUGUUUUUAAUUCCCAGAAAUCCAGGGAAUAAUGGCAGGAUCAGUCAUUUCCUUGCAUUCAGGUGAUGCUGGUCCUGGAGGAGGAAAAAUCACCCAGUCAGAACCAGGAAUAAAUUCCAGGAUCUCCACAUAUCCCAGAAAUUCCCACUAGAGGGGAUCUUGUCUGGGAUGUCAGACCCAGUUUUAAGGAAUUUGGGCUUAUUUCGGAUGGGGAAUUAAGCCUGGAUUUGGGAAAUCUUCCAGUCAAAAUUGCUCCUGGUGCUGGUUUCUCCCGAUUUUCUCCCUGGAUUGGUUUUCCAUGGAAAAUAGAAGGGGAAAUUGAGUGCUCCAGCAUUUGUUAGACACAUUCCCAACCCUCCUGGAAUGGGACUGUGCUGUUCCCUCUGUCCUGCCCCAGUGCCCAGGAAUGCAGAGCCCAUGGAAACACCUGGAAACGGGGAAUGGUGCCGGCUCAGCCCUCCGGCAGCGGGAGCAGUGACCCGAGUCCCCGGCUCUUGUGGGACAUUUUUGGGACAUUUGUGGGACAUUCCUGUCCUCUGUUAAGCAGCACCUGGAAAAUCCCCCUCGGGAAUACCAGGAGCUGCCUGACCCUGCUUGGACUGAAGCCAGGGAAGCAAAUCCAUGGAAAACAUGUCCCUAGCAAGGUCCUGCUGUCACCUCUGGGAGUUUCCCAAGGGCAAAGCCAGGUUUGUGCCUUUUCCAAGGAAAAGGAAUGAGAGGUGAGUGUGGGUGAGCAGGAAAACAAAAUUCCAUGAGGUCUUGUGGAAUUGUCACCUCAGCUGGAUUUUGGUGUCAGGAUCAUGGAUGUCUCCAGAGAAACUCAUGUCAUCCCUCUCCAUACAAUCUAUGAGGAGAAAUUCCCAAACAUUUUGGGAAUAUUUUACAUCAGCCCAAUUUCAGUGUUUGCUGUGGGAAGAGAGGAAUCUCUCCCUCAGGUCAGGAAUUCUUCCCUUAAUCCCCUCAAGGAUCCUUCUCUCUUGAAUUGAAGCCAAGGAAGCAAAUCCAUGGAAAACACACCCCAGCAAGGUCCUGCUGUCACUUCUGGGAGCUUCCCAAGGGCAAAGUCAGGUUUGUGCCUUUUCCAAGGUAAUCCCAAGGAAAAGGAAUGAGGGGUGAGUGUGGACAGGCAGGAAAACAAACUCCACAGGGUCUAGUGGAAGUGUCACCUCAGCUGGAUUUUGGUGUCAGGAUCAUGGAUGUCUCCAGAGAAACUCACGUUAUCCCUCUCCAUCCAGUCUGUGUGGAGAAAUUCCCAAACAUUUUGGGAAUAUUUUGCAUCAGCCCAAUUUCAGUGUUUGCUGAAUCUCUCCCUCACUUCAGGAAUUCUUCUCUUGACUCCUUCAAGGGUCCUUCCCGCUUGGACUGAACCCAGGGAAGCAAAUCCAUGGAAAACACACCCCAGCAAGGUCCUGCUGUCACCUCAGGGAAUUUACAAAGGGCAAAGUCAGAGGAGCUCCCAGUUUGAGGCUUUUCCAAGGAAAAGGAAUGAGAGGUGAGUGUGGGUGAGCAGGAAAACAAACUCCAGGAGGUCUUGUGGAAUUGUCACCUCAGCUGGAUUUUGGUGUCAGGAUCAUGGAUGUCUCCAGAGAAACCCACGUUAUCCAUGUAAUCAGUUGGAGAAAUGAACAUUUUGGGAAUAUUUCCCAUCAGCCUGGUUUUGGUGUUUGCUGUGGGAAGAGAGGAAUCUCUCCCUCAGUUCAGGAAUUCUUCUCUUAAUCCCAUCAAAGAUCCUGGAGAAAAGACUGGGGGGAAACCUUCUGGUUGUGACAGGAGGGGAUAGCCAGGGGGAAAAUUUGGGAUCUGCUCCCUGGGAACAGGGACAGGAGGAGAGGGAAUGGCCAGGAGAUGUUCAGGUUGGACAUCAUCAGGAAUUUCCGCAUGGAAGAGGUGGAUCUCCAAGGAUUGGAGCUGCCCAGGGAGGUUUGGAAUCCCCAACCCUGGAGGGAUUUAUUAUCCAUGCGGCACUUGGGGUUUAAAGCCUGGACUUGACGAUUUUAGAGGAUUGAAACCAAUCCAUGAUUCCAUAAAAUAAAGCAGGAGAAGGGCUCUGAAGCCACCUGGCUUCCAGGAAUGGAAGAUGUAAAGUUCAGGCAUUCCAGAAUUUCCUGAACAUCCAUGGCAUGCACUGGGUUUUCCAAAGGGUCUCCAGACGUUUCCACGUGGAUGGAUCCCAUGGAUCCCAGAAGGGUCUGGGGAGGAUAAGGGAGUGCUCAGGAAAAGCCAGGAAUGACGCAAGAAUCCCAAAUCUCUGAAGCUGAGGGGGAUUUUUCAAAGCGUGUGAAUUUUAUUGGAGGAUUUACCCAAAUCCCAAUUUAUUUUGGUUUUUUUGUUUGGACAAAGUAAAACACUCUUCUUAUUUAUGGAAAAUUCUGGAUCGUGCUCCCAUUUUCUGUGGGAAUAAGGAAGCCAAACUCCUCCAGAAGCUCCUUCCUUUCACUCAGUUCAGUGUCGGCAUCAGGAAUGAGGUGUUUGGAUUGAAAUCCCAAAAUCCUGGAAUGGUUUUGGUUGGAUCAUCUCAUUCCAACCCCCUGCCGUGGCCAGGGACGCCUCCCACCAGAAUCAAAGGAUCAGGGAGCCUUAUCCAGGUGGGAAUAUCCAAAAUCAGGGAAGCACUGCAAGAAAGAGGAGUGGUUUCCAUGGCAACCAUUCAUCCCUGUUCCCACCAUUCCUGGUUUUUUUUCUUUUCCAGCUUCCUGCCCUUCCCUGUCCCAGUCUGGCAGCUCAGGAAAGCCAAGGAAAUGAGAUGUUGGAAUCCGAAAUGCAGGGAAUUCUCAGAAUUUUGGGCCCGUAAGCCAAAACUUAGCAUUAAACCCAAGACUUGAUCUGAGACCUUGGAAAAGGCUCCCAGACUGACCUUGGAAAAGGCUCCCAGACUGAGGCGCUGGAAGUGGGAAUGCGGAUUUGUGGUUUAAAGCAGAGGCACGUUAAGCCGAGAAGGGGGAAGUUUAGAGUUUUAGAGUUUCAGAUGAAUAAAUAAUAAUUCAUAUUUAAUUAUUGUAAUUAAUAAUAAUAAAAAAAAACAAAGUUAGUUACAGAGGUGAACAGGGAGUUUAGGUCGCAGCACUGUGCGUUUGUGUGUCCUGACGUGACUGGCUAAGAAAGCUCACCCUGCAGCACGGGUCCGUGAAACAAAACAUUUAAGGAUUGGGUAUAAAUAAAUAUAUAAACCAUAAAUAAACCAUAAAUA